AUGUAUUGUGGGAUGAUGGCAGCUCAUAUGGGUUGGGGUAUAAUAGAAGAAGAGGGUUGGAGAAAGGGUCCCUGGACUUCUGAGGAAGAUAGGUUGCUUAUUGAGUAUGUAAGGCUUCAUGGUGAAGGAAGAUGGAACUCUGUGGCUAGGCUUGCAGGAUUGAAAAGGAAUGGAAAGAGCUGCAGACUGAGAUGGGUGAACUACUUGAGGCCAGACCUUAAGAGGGGACAGAUAACUCCUCAUGAAGAGAGCAUAAUUCUACAGCUGCAUGCUAGGUGGGGGAAUAGGUGGUCAACGAUUGCAAGAAGCUUGCCUGGGAGGACUGAUAAUGAGAUCAAGAACUACUGGAGAACCCAUUUCAAGAAAAAGGCUAAAGUGCCUUCUGAUGCCUCUGAGAAGGCUAAAAGUCGCCUCUUACGGCGGCAACAGUUUCACCAGCAACAGCAGCAACAACAGCAGCAGCAUCAAGCAGACAUGAAAAGAAUCAUGGCCUUGCUGGAUGAAAAUGACACCAAAAUAUCGUCGUGGCCGCCUCAAGCAGCCCAAGGUAAUCAGGACAUGGAUACUACUAGUACUACUGCAUUCCACAACCACACAUGUACUGAGGAGCAAGGCUUCUUCUAUUCUAUGCUCAAUGGUAAUGUGCCUCAUGUUGUUGAAGCUUCUUCCAGUGAAGACAGUUUUCUGUGGGAUGGCCUGUGGAACUUGGAUGAUGUCCAUGGCAAUUUCACCACUUCAGCUUGUGCAACUGGCAAAGCUAGUACUUUCCACAACUUUGUGGUUCCCUUCUCUUGACUUUGAGCAGCAAGCUAGGUUUCUAUUUUUUUUUUUUUUUUGCAGUGUUAUUUCUAAGUGUAACCAAAACCAUCCAAGGCUCCCAGAACUCUCAAAGAGCUGUGGAUUGAUGCAUGUGGUUGAAUUGGGGUUGUAAAUCCUGGCCAGCUAUUUACUUUUUUACCAUAAGCACCUGGAAUAAAUAUUCCACUUUGAUUGCAAGAGGAUAUUGUAAUUAACUGGGAGCUGUUUAACUUAACUGUGUCUGUAAUUCUGUAUCAGUAUCUAGCUAUAUCUGUACUACAGGCUCGGGGAGAUCAAUUAUAAAAAGGCAUCACUU